UCAAACUGCUCUGCAGUUACAGGAGGCAACAUCGUCUUUUUUUCAACAUUGUCUUUGGUCGGUAGAGUCAUGAUAAAGAUCAUUUUUCCUGAGUGGCAUAACAGCGGAAUUUUGACUAAAUUGGGAUGGAGAGCGUGGGUGUUUCUCAACUUUAUGGUCUCAGGUAAAAUUCACAAUCAUAAUUGUCUUCCAGGCUCUAAAUGCAUUUUUGCAGGCUCUUGCUGCCUGGUCACGGUUCACCAGCCCCCUGUGAUCACCGCUGCUCUGGGUCAUGAUGUCAUCCUGCCGUGCCAGCUCAGCCUCUCCCCCGAUGAGACGUUGGUGACUGUACCGGUUCUGUACUGGGUGUUAAUAACACAGGACGCUGAGGGGCACAGACUGUGGAAACCUUCUGAGAUCUAUGAGGGACGUGUACAACUCCUCGACGAAAACCCAAACUCUUUAAACAAGUCCAUUCUUCUCAAAAAGGUCCAGUGGGCAGAUAACAGGAAGUACAGUUGCAAACUCACCAUCACUACACAGAAGGCCAAAAGUUUCAGGUGUAAAGGAAACAAGACCUUGUUGACGGUUUACGACGCCAUGACCUUUAACCUCACCGCCCACAACGACUCUCUGCUCCGCUGUGAAAUAAACGUGACACGGGAACCUGGAUUCGUUUUGUCCAUCGUUAACAACGGAUCCAAAACACAAUCUGUCGACUCGGCUCCGGGAGUCCCUGUAGUGGCUCGGCCCUACGUCACCCUCUCUGUGACCAUCUCCCUCAGGGGCGGAGGAAAAUACGAGUGUCAGCUGCACCUGAAUAAAGACCUGAUAACGAAAAGCAUCUUCCACCUGCCUCUGCCUGGUGUGGUGGAGUAUCCAGAGCCGUGGGUCCUGUACGCGGCUCUCCUGCUGGUUCCUGUCCCCUUCCUGCUGGUUCUGGUACCUGCCCUGCUGUGCAGGUGCUGAGUCUUUGUCAACAUCUGGCUGAAAAUGGAGACGCAGCAGGGAAAGGGAGACAUUUUUAUCCUUACUUCUAACCCUGAUAACAGCAAACAACAAAAGACAUCUCAGGAAGACACUGCAAAUGCAUUCAAGGAGGACAACAUUUGACAUUGUGUAUUCAAAGUGUGCAGUGGAAUAAUCUACAUCUAUGAGGUUAGUUAGGAGAUAUUUAAAGAUAUAAUAUUAGAGACUAAUUCACCACCUUCAUGAUAAAAUGAACAUGUAUACCUCUGGUUCUGUUUUCUCUAUAUCUUCUAUUUUCCACAGUCUGCUCUGCUCCUCUGUUUUAUUUAAACUAGUGCAGCACUAUCACGUCAAGCCAGAGAGGCUUUGAUUGGUGUCAUCAGAACUUCACCUCUUCUGGUGGUGAGGUAAAGUAGUGAUGAUACUUUGUCUCCCUCUAGCGGUGACCGAGAGCAGCUGCACAAAACCACUGAGAGUGGCCACAUCACCUCCCCCCACAACACACAAGAUUUUAAAGGAGACAUUUCCUUUUUUUCAGUUUCUCUUUCUUCCUGUGUGUUGUAGGUUAAUGUCAAAUCUCUGCAAGGUUAAAAAGCCCGAAGUCCUUUGUAAUCAGAGCUCCUCUCCACCACAGACAAACGUGAAGCUCAAAGGAUAAGAUAAGAUAGGAUAAGAUACAUUUAAUGUCCCACACACAUGCACACAUGCACACAUGCACACACACACGACAUGCAAGGGGGGGGAUUUGUUUUCUGCUAUGACCCAUCUGGUGUACACAGGAGCACACACAGAGCAGUGGGCAGCCAUGCACGGCGCCCCGAGGAGCAGGUGUUAGGGGAGUAAGGUGCUUUGCUCAGGGGCACUUAGACAGUGGGGUGGGGUAGGCAAUUUGACAGUGUGGAACAGAUCCAGGGGUUGUCCGUCCAGGUAUGUUGAUGUGUUUAUAUGUGUGAAUGAAGGAAUACAUUUCCCCUUAAUGUGUCUUGAAUGGAGGAUUCUUGUCCCCGGUGGUGUGGCUGCAUGUGACUGAAGUUAAUCCACACGUUUAAAAAUAAAUAUAUAAAAAGG